UAGUACAGAGUAACUAAGGUUUUGUUGUGAGACCGAACGAGUACAAAGAAAAAAUAUACUCCGUAUUUUAAAAACAAACAAUAGCAGUUUGUAAAUACGAGCAAACCCCAGAGGUGACGGUCGGCCGGUGUCACUGUCCGGUGCGCCACCGCAACUGCUCAGAGCCCAGCUUUACUCACCAGCACCGCGCCACCGUAUAAAAGAUAUUUAUGGAUAAAGUGUUGCAUUGGAAACCAUAAAAAGUCGAAGCACGCAGACCAAGAAUUGGGAAUGGCAGAUCUGCAAGCCACAACAGAUACGAAUGGCAUCGUAGACGCAGACCAAGAAAAUGUCAAUCAAACACUGAGGGAAUGUUCUUCCUCCUCUGUUAGUGCCUCUGAAUGUUCCAGAGCUGAAAUCAACGAAGAAGACGAGGAAUUGCGGAGACUUUUGAUGCCAAGGAUAGAAGACCUCCCCGCUGUUCCUCCAUCUGCAGUCGAAUCCAACUUCACCACCUACUAUGCUCCCGAUUUUAUGAAACCUGGACAUGAUCAAUAUGUUCGUCGUCAUCCCAACGGGCUAUGCGUGAUUGGGCUAGCUUCAACUCAUGUUGCCUUCAAGGACGAGGGUGGAAUUACUUCUGUGGAUUUCAAUGUGGGGAAGUCUGAUCGCAGUGGAAUUAAAGUCACUGGAAAGCGAAAGAAGAAUGCGCAACAAUUAGAGCCCAAUUCAGCAUUGUGCAAAGUGUGCACUAAGGAAACUUCAUACAUUGUCAGAUGCUGUGUGAAAGGCUCUCUCUUGGAAGUCAAUGACAGAUUGAUUGAACAUCCGGAAUUGUUGAUGUCAUCGGCGGACAGGGAGGGGUACAUUGCAAUCAUAAUGCCAAGGCCAGCAGAUUGGCCGAAGAUCAAACCUUCCUUGCUGGAACAAGAAGAUUUCACCAAGCUGAGAACAGUCUGAACUCUGAGGUGGAGGGGAUUUUCUGGAAAAGCUCACAAGCCGAGUUUUUUUUUGUGUUAAGUAUUCUGUUACAAUGUAGUAUCUGUUUAUACAUACUUUUCCAACCAAUUGAAGCACUGAGAGUUAUCUCCGCCAUUAGGGUUUAAGCAUGUGUGACAUUCCAUUUGGAAGAGCUAUAUUUAUGUCGCUCGACAAAUUUUGACAAUUUUUUACCCAUGUAUGUUUUUCUACACUCCGACAGAUUUUGUUUUUUUCCCGAGGAAAGAGCAUUCAUUCCCUUGGGAACAGGCUUUGUACUUUU